CGGCGUUGUUGUUCACGUGAUGGGCAAAAACAAAGGCCAGAAGUAGAGAAACUCACCGAGCUCUAUUUGUUUAUAUUAAUAAGUAUUUAGCUCAAAGAUAAACCCACUUUAGAUUUAUUAAUACGCCAGACUGUCGUCGGGACAUGCGCAGUACAKUUUGCUGAUUUUUGUUUUUAACCAGACUUUUAAUCGAAUGAUAGCGUCGAGCUAGCUAGCAUUGAGGUCGGUAAGCAUUAGUUUUGUUACUAUUAUGAUAAACAAGAUCAAUGUGUUAUUAAGAGGGUGCUGUAUAACUUCCAACGGGAUGUUAAAUAAUGCUCCCAUGUGAAGCGAGUUUUUAUAGCGGAUAAAAACAAACGGGACUCCGGUGAAAAAGGUUGGACACAGACUUGAGUGGAUCAUGUCGGAUAUGGACACCCUGAUUGUGACCUUUCAGACCCAGCUCUCUGAUGUGAUGGAGGCUGUGGUGAAGACGGCGAUGUUCGAGGUCACCAGGCUGGUGGAGGACGUGCUCCUGGUGGAGGUAAGGCGCGGAAAGCAGGAGCUGGAGUCCCUGAGGCUGCAGCUGCACACCACCGAGGGUAAACUCAGCGGGGAKGGAGGGAAAACAAGGUUUGUUGACUGCGCGAGGACUGAUGCAGAUCAGAGGACUGACACUAUUGAAGGGAGGCCUCCAAAUCUGCAGGACGACAUGUCAGAGAGGUGUGAUGUGGAGAAUCCAAGUGAUUCUGUUGAAUGCUGGAUGUUAAACCACAAAGAAAGCAACGUAGCAUUGCCAGACCAUCCACCAAACACUCAGAGCCCCGAAAGAGGGUCACAGACUACAGAAGAAGUCGUCCUGGUACCAAAUGUGGACAUGAAGGAUGAAGAACUACAGAAGCUAUCGUGUUCUUCUCUGCAUCUGAGAAGGUGGAGCAGUACUCUGGAUGGUGGAGUGGCCUUCAAAUCAGACAACGUCAGUGAGCUUGGUGAGACUCAACCUACGACGACUCAGCUGAAAAGUGAAGAAAUACUGCAGACUCCCGUUAAAAAAGACCCACGAGCAUCUACUUCCUGUGAAUUUCCAGAGGAGCAGACAGCAAUGCACAUGGCUACAGACCAGCCUAAUGUUUCCACUUAUGAACUUGACUCCAGUUGGGCUGGUCUGCCCGCCGCAGCAGCUGGACUUCUGCAGAAUCACAGACUUCACUCUGAAACAGAUUCUGAUCCAGUGAAAGGUUCUGUGAAGCAGGCGGAAUGCGUGCUUCCAGACUCGGUCAGAGCUGACGUUCAGUUUAACUCGAGCCAAGCUCAGCUGUCAUCCUUGGCAUCUCCCCAAACCAGACUUCAACCCAGCAGCACGCUGGGCGUAACCAUUAAAGAGGAAGUUAUCGAUUCGUAUGGAUGUAAGGAGGGUGAACGUGCUGAGGAGCAAAAUAAAAAAGCUGGAACAUCAACUUUCAGCUGUUUGGUGCAGCAACGCAGGGUGAACUCAGAAGCACAAAAACCAAACCACAUUUACCCUAAAGCCUCCAUGCAGGAGGUUCCAAAGUUGCAUUCUAAUAAGGGUGCAGGUCUCAGAUUGCAGGCAGCGAUGCAACAUCUGCACCGACCGCUGAAAAAGCCCCCCCACACACUUCCAAGCAGCCCCACCGCAGCACUGUCCACAGCCACCUGUCAGGCUGUAAAUGUAAAUAAGCUUAACCGGAUUUCCGUCACAAGUAAAGCCGUUGCUGCUCCUCUGUCUGUGCAGCGGCUGCACCUCGGUGCCAAACACGCUGCAGGUCUGAAUCGAACUGGUGCCUCCUGGGUCAGCGUCAAAUCCCAGAAUCAGUCUGCAAACUGUGACACCCCCCACCCCGCUCCCCAGCCCACCUCUCAGCUCUACACCGGCUCCAGGCAGCUCCUGCGCUGCGGGCAGUGUGGCAAGUGCUUCCCCCACCCCAGCAACCUGAAGUCCCACCUGCAGACCCACACGGGCGAGCGGCCCUUCUGCUGCUCGCUCUGCGGCCGCAGCUUCACCAAGCUGAGCAACCUGAAGGCCCACCGCCGCGUCCACACCGGAGAGAGACCAUACUGCUGCUUGGCCUGUGGUAAACGCUUCACCCAGAAAUGCAACCUGAAACGCCACCAGAGAAUCCAUCUGGACCUAUAAUAAUUAUAUUAAAAUAAACAGUGUAGCUGCUUCAGAGUUUACUUUGCAAUUCAGGACAUGUUGUGUUGCACAACUAAACUGCAUGUGUGUAGCUGGUUCUUAAAUGUUCUGGUUCUGGUUCUUAAAAUAAUAAUCUCAGACUCUUCUGUACAUUCCACAAAGUUUCAUCUGGUAACCUUUAAUGUAAUUUAAAUGUAUUUUAGGAUGAGAAACUCACUGUAGUGAUUUAUGUAUCGUGCAGCUAGAUGAGUCAGCUGUCAGGACAGGAAUGUUAUUUAUGUGUAUAAAUGUGUGAGCCUUGUAUUUAUUAGAAGAGAAAAUUUGUACUUUAUAUUUACUCAGAUUUACAAUGUUUUCUCUAAAUAUAUUCCUUUUCUCAUAAGAAUACUAAAGCAGACUUCUUAUGUGCUUAACUGUCUUAGUAGAAGUUAACUGAACACACUUCCUUACAUACAUAAAGUUCUGAAUAAUCUGUGAUGAUCUUAUGGUUUUAAUAUGCUGCUUCUGAGACACCAUGUCCAAAGUUUUCUGUGGUCCAUGCUCUGUAUCCACAUCUGUAAAAGAUAAAUACUGGUAUUGUAAAUAAAUGCUUAUUUAUUUACUCCUUA